AUGGCCGCUUCAAGCUCCUCCAAGGACAAGUUCUUCGAGAACGUCAUAAACCCAUAUUUGCGAGAGGUGAUGCAGCACCCUCAAGCCAUCGAGUUGUGUGACGGGGUGCUCCACAUCCGCGACGUCCAGGGGCCCAAAGCGACGGGAACCGUGGAUGCCAGGCUGAAAGCUAUGGAGCAGGAAGUCUUCAAGUGCAAGAGGAUGGUGGAACAUGGACUCAAUGCCAAUCACUUCAUGAUCGCGGACUUCACCCGUGAUCUCAAGGUGUAUGGCAAAUAUAUGAAGGACAUCGUCUUCACCUUCAACGAGCAAAUCAACUUUCUGCAAAGACAAAUCUAUGAUCUCCAAAACCAAGUCUUUGAAUAUGAAGCAAGGUUUCAAGUACCAGUUAAAGAUAAGAGUUAA